CAAUUGCUAUUUUAUAACAAAAACAGGAUGGACCGAGAGGAAAAUGAGAUGAGUGAUGAGAGGUCAAAAGAAGUUGAAGAAACAAUAAAGCAGGGACGUUUCCGUUUUGCGAUGAAGUGUCUGCAUAAAGUUAUGGGUGCCAAUCAGAAUAAAAGUUUUGUGUUCAGUCCGGCUUGCCUACAUGAUGCACUUUUUCUGACAUUUUUCUUGAUUAAAGGUGAAAUUUCGGAGCGCCUUAAAGAGAUGCUUUGUUUAGGACCAAUAAACAUCAGCAAAACAGAUUUUAUUAACUAUUAUUCUUAUAGACGAAACAGAAGACAAGAAUGGAUACCCUAUUCCCAGAAUUGCAAUUAUGACGUUAGAUGUUGGAUUGACCUUAACCAAAAAAAAUUUCUACCUAAACUCGAAAACACAAUAUCUUAUUUCUUUGACAAUCCAAUGAACAACUCGAAACAAUACCGGAAUUGUAAGGACCAAAUAAAACGUGUUAAUGAAUUAUUAAACAGACCGGUAGAAGGAUUAAUUAAUGAGCGCAUAACAUUACCUGAUGACGAACAAGAUAUUAUUUUGAUGACCUCUAUCAGUAACAAAUUCAAUUUUGCCGCCUUAAAGGCAAAUCAAAGUAUUAGGUAUUUUUAUCCACCAUUGGACAUUCACGUGACCGAAUUAUUUGACAGAAAUUCAAAUAUGUCGCUAUAUAUCUUCGCACCUGCUUCGUUAACCAAAAUAAGCAAUAAUAAAACAGGUUGGAGGAUCACUCAGAACAUCAGUCACGCUGACCUUUCAAAUUUCACCCAAAGAUUGUCGACCAUGCAAGGAGUCAGAGAACUGCGCAAUGUGUUAAAAUCUAACGUACAAGGUUGGGUAAUAACUAAUACAAAUUCUAUGCAUGCUUUGCCUUUUGAGUUGGAGAAAGAUCUGACAAUCCGUGAGCUUCUCGAAACAUUAAAUAUACCAUUAUUAACGUCCGAAAUGAUCGAACUGGAUACUAUAUUUGGGAAUAACCCCCGUGUGCAAAUUCGCAAUGCCGUGCAUCGUUCUCACAUUAAGGCUAUAAAUGAAGAAGUGGUCGUGCAUGCGACAACAUUGAUUAGCAGCAAAGGAGAAGACCCUCCUUCGAACUCCAAUAUUGUCGACAUAAAUUGCAAUAAUCCAGUCAUCUGGAUGAUCGCUAACACAAAUUUAGACGUUUUCUAUGUUGGCAGUUGUAAUAAUACCGAGCGUGUUACUAAACCUGUAUCGGCGGAUAUGCCGAGUACAUCAGGCUGCUCGUCAAGCAAAAAGCGGCGGAUCGACGAGUCUUCUUGAAAUUCUAUCGAUAAACCCAAAUUUGAAAUUGUAGAUAUGUCAAA